CCACAAGACCACCACAGAAGAGGGGCAGAGAGUAGCACCUACACCACCACCAACAACUCCGACAACGAUGCCGUCGGUGAGCGAGAUCCAGCAGUCGGGAGACUUCACCAUCAAGAGCGAGGCGGUCACGCCCAAGCUCGACACGUCGCAGUGGCCGCUGCUGCUCAAGAACUACGACAAGCUCCUCGUCCGCUCGUCCCACUUCACGCCCAUCCCCACUGGUGUCUCGCCCCUCAAGCGCGACCUCACCUCGUACGUCCAGUCGGGUGUCAUCAACCUCGACAAGCCUUCCAACCCCUCGUCGCACGAGGUUGUCGCUUGGCUCAAGCGCAUCCUCCGCGUCGAGAAGACUGGCCACUCGGGCACCCUCGACCCCAAGGUCACGGGUUGUUUGAUCGUCUGUAUCGACCGCGCUACUCGUCUCGUCAAGAGCCAGCAGGGUGCUGGUAAGGAGUACGUCUGCGUCGUCCGCUUCCACGACAAGGUCGAGGAGAAGGCCUUUGCCCGCGCUCUCGAGACCCUCACCGGCGCGCUCUUCCAGCGUCCUCCCCUCAUCUCGGCCGUCAAGCGUCAGCUCCGUGUCCGUACCAUCUACGAGUCCAAGCUCAUCGAGUACGAUGACCAGCGCAACCUCGGCGUCUUCUGGGUCUCGUGCGAGGCCGGAACCUACAUCCGUACCCUCUGUGUCCACCUCGGUCUCCUCCUCGGCGUCGGCGCCCACAUGCAGGAGCUCCGUCGUGUCCGCUCCGGUAUCACUGGCGAGAACGACGACGUCGUGACCAUGCACGAUGUCCUCGACGCCCAGUGGCUCUACGACAACACCCGCGAUGAGACCUACCUCCGCCGCGUCAUCCGCCCCCUCGAGUCGCUCCUCACCAACUUUAAGCGUAUCGUCGUCAAGGACUCCGCCGUCAACGCCGUCUGUUACGGUGCCAAGCUCAUGAUCCCCGGUCUCCUCCGUUACGAGGCCGACAUUGAGGUUGGCGAGGAGGUUGUCCUCAUGACCACCAAGGGUGAGGCCAUUGCCGUUGGUAUCGCCCAGAUGUCCACCGUCGACCUCGCCUCGUGCGACCACGGUGUCGUCGCCAAGGUCAAGCGCUGCAUCAUGAACCGCGACCUCUACCCCCGCCGCUGGGGACUUGGCCCCAAGGCCCAGGAGAAGAAGAAGAUGAUCAAGAAGGGCGAGCUCGACAAGCACGGCAAGAAGAUUGACGGUGUUACCCCCGCCACCUGGUCCAAGGAGUACGUCGACUUCAACGAGGAGGGUGCCCCUGCUGCUGUUGGCCUCGUGUCGACCCAGCCUGAAGCGUCCACUUCUGCCGCCCCUGCCGCCGCCGCCCCCGAGACCCCCGCUGCCGACGAGAAGAAGCGCAAGCGCAAGUCUGAGGCUGCCGACGAGGCUCCUUCCACCCCCGCCGACGGCGACAAGAAGAAGAAGUCGAAGAAGGUCAAGACCGAUGACGGCGAGGAGCGCGAGGAGACGGCCGAGGAGCGGGCAGCUCGCAAGGCAGCCAAGAAGGCCAAGAAGGAGGCCGGAAAGGCUUAGAGUUGGCGACGGGGAUUUGGGGCCUAGCAUAUGUACUUGUAUCUCUUCUAUCAUGCGAUAGCAUCGCACCUUGAGA